AUGUCUUGCCGCUCCUACAGAGUCAGCUCUAGUCGCCGUGUGGGCAAUUUCAGCUCUUGUUCAGCAAUGACCCCCCAGAACCUGAACCGCUUCCGGGCCAGCUCUGUCUCCUGCAGGAGUGGGCCCGGCUUCCGAGGUCUUGGCGGCUUUGGCAGUCGGAGUGUCAUCAGCUUUGGAUCGUGCUUACCCCGGAUGGCAGCUGUGUGCCCUCGUCCCAUCCGCUACGGAGGUGGCUGCGGUGCUGGCAGUGGGGUGGCCUUUGGCUUUGGUGAUGGGAGUGGUGCUGGUCUGGGGUUUGGGGCCGGCAGUGGCUUUGGCUAUGGCUUCGGCGGCCCUGGCUUUGGCUACCGAGUUGGAGGACUUGGAGUGCCAGCAGCCCCAUCCAUCACAGCAGUGACCGUUAACCAGAGCCUGCUGACCCCCCUCAACCUGGAGAUUGACCCCAAUGCCCAGAGGGUGAAGAAUGAUGAGAAAGAGCAAAUCAAGACCCUCAACAACAAAUUUGCCUCCUUCAUCGACAAGGUGAGGUUCCUGGAACAGCAGAAUAAGCUCCUAGAGACCAAGUGGAGCUUCCUCCAAGAGCAGAAAAGUACCAGGAGCAACCUGGAGCCCCUCUUCGAGAACUACAUCACCAACCUGCGGAGGCAGCUGGACACAGCGAACAGUGACCGGGCCAGACUGGAGGCUGAGAGGAACAACUUGCAGGAUGUCCUUGAGGGUUUCAAGAAGAAGUAUGAAGAGGAGGUGGUACUCCGGGCCAAUGCUGAGAAUGAGUUUGUGGCUUUGAAGAAGGAUGUGGAUACAGCUUUCUUAACUAAGUCUGAUCUAGAGGCCAACGUGGAUACCCUAACUCAGGAAAUCGAGUUCCUGAAAACCCUAUACAUGGCGGAAAUCCAGUUGCUGCAGUCACACAUCUCAGAGACAUCGGUCAUCGUGAAGAUGGACAACAGCCGGGACCUGAACUUUGACGGGAUCAUCGCUGAUGUCAAGGCCCAGUAUGAAGAGAUCGCCAGGCGCAGUCGGGCUGAUGCAGAGGCCUGGUACCAGACCAAGUAUGAGGAGAUGCGGGUGACAGCUGGCCAACACUCUGACAACCUGCGCAGCACUCGGGAGGAGAUCAAUGAGCUGACCCGCCUGAUCCAGAGGCUGAAGGCAGAGAUUGAGCACGCCAAGGCUCAGCGCCGCAAGCUCGAGGCCGCCGUGGCCGAGGCGGAGCAGCAGGGCGAGGCGGCCCUCAAUGACGCCAAGGCCAAGCUGGCGGAGCUGGAGGCCGCCCUGCAGCAGGCCAAGCAGGACAUGGCGCGGCAGCUGAAGGAGUACCAGGAGCUGAUGAACGUCAAGCUGGCCCUGGACAUCGAGAUCGCCACCUACAGGCGCCUCCUGGAGGGCGAGGAGAUCCGAAUCUGUGAAGGUGUUGGACCAGUAGAUAUAGCGGUGAGAGGCUCCCGCGGCGGCCUGGUGUGCGGGUCGGAGCCGCUGGUCACCAGCUCCAGCCUCUGCCACGGCGGUGUCACCAUCACCGGCAGCAGCGUCAGGUCGUCCAGCGGCUUCUGCGGCUCGAGCGUGGGCGGGGCCCGGGGCUCCGUGCUGGUGGGCGAGGCCUGCGCCCCCAGCAUCCCCUGCCCGCUGCCCGUCGAGGGAGGCUUCAGCAGCUGCAGUGGCGGCCGCAGCAGCCGCAGUUCCGGCGUCCGCUUUGUGUCCACCACCACCUCCUGCCGGACCAAGUACUGA